CAAACAUAUAAGGAAACUGCAUUUUUGGAGUGACUGAUUGGGAGAUUAAAUAAAUAAAUAAAUAAGGAUUUUCUGAUUUUUCAGCCAUCCCAGGGACCUUCUCUAGUGCCUCUGGGCCACUGUUUCCUGCCAUUUGCAUACAGUUACAUCUUAGGAACACACACAUAUAUAUAAUUUUUUCUUGACAUCACUGCUUCAUGGAAUAACUGUGUGCUUGUGAUUGCGUACAUUAUUUUCUAGCUUCUUGAAUAGAAAGGUAUUUGCAGUGAAGCUUCCCCUUGUGAGCAGAGGAAGAAUCUAUUGUACAUUGGCAGUCAAAGCCGAAUUUAAGAGCUCCCUUCAGCUCUCCGCCUCUGUUUCAUGGUAUUUGCUGGAGAAAGGCAAUAAGACAAAGUAGUUAGGGCAUGGAGGAAGGCCAGAAACAUUAAAAUAGCCCUUGUUCUCACUAUGCACAUGGUUGGUGGCAUAGGAGAACUCAUUCAUCACUAGGGCCAAGGAGAAGCACUUCUGUUAAGCAUGCUGUUAUGAAUCACUCUAAUAGCAGUGCAAAAACAUCUGGGGGAUUUAUUUCACUGGGGUGGGACUAGAAGGCUGUGGCGAUGUAUUAACAGCGUUCCCACCUACAUACUGACUAAGUCCAUUAGAAUCAGGCCACAAGGGUCGCAUCACAGUAACUGCGCAUUAUCUCACUUUUGGGUCAUGGCCAACAUUUUCUCUCAUUUUUCUCGAAUCAUUGCGGCUUUUUCAGGAGACUGCAGCAUGGAUUUUGUUGGAUUUUCCCCCUAAUGCAAAAAAAGAGAGAGAGAUAAACAAAACAUUGAAUUAUAAAGCAUAGUUACAAGCCAUCUGAUAUGCAAAAGCACUAUCUUGUGUUCUUGUGCUACCUCGUCCUUCCUGGAAACUGUCCAUUGAGCAAUUCCGCAGGUGCAGUGGCUUCUUGAACCAGGUCACCUUUGUGGUCUCUUCCAGCUCUAUGAUUCCAUGUUUGUGUCAGAAAGAUUCCCUGAAUCUGGAAGUAGGCUUUAUGUGUCUUAAGACAGAGGAGGAGCCUCGUUGCUCUGGUGGGAUCAACAAGAUUUGGGGGGUUUGGCUCAAGGAAGUCUGUUUCUCUAUUUUGUGGACUAAUUGUAAGCUCAGACCAAAAUCAUCACUCCUUUGGGUGUUUGGGAGGGCAUAUAUAAUUUUUAAAAGGCUAAUAAAAUUAAAAUAUUUGUUGGGUUAGAAGGACCACAACAUGUGGAAUGUCCAUCCAUCACAAUUCUGAGUUGACUGCUGCUUUUCAUUUGCCUCCUGGUCUAGCCAAUGCUGUAAAAAAGCUGGUAGAAACUUCUUGUUUAAGAGCCUUCUGGUUUUCACAUACCUUUUGAUGUAUUAAUUAUUCUCAUGCUGUGCUGGGCAGAGUCAGCUUUCUGUUGCUGAGGCAUAUGUUUGUGUUUGCAAGAGCCAGUGGGUUGGGGAAAGAAGUGGGUGUUCUCCAAUUAUCCGACUGUUGAUUUUACAGCCCUGCUUUGUAGCUUUCUUAUCAGGAAGGAGGAAGGGCAGAAGUGUGGGCUGCAUUUUUUCCAGGCUUCCCAUGUGACUCUGAAGUCAUUCUGCAGGACCUUUGGUUCCUGGUGAAGAAGGUGGUGACCAAGAGCAGACUUUUCAUGUUGACUUUUGCCUCCUACUCAGGUGUUUUGUCCCUUUACAACCAAGGAGAAGGAAGAAGGAGGUUUUCUCAUUGCAGCAUGCAGCGUUUUCUAUUGGGCAGGAAUGUUGUAAUGCCUUGGGCAGGUAUCUCUUGGGAUCUAUUCUACCAUGAGGACAACAGAUUAAAACUGGUCUUGAAGGAUGUCCAAGGAUUCAUUGCUGCAGUUAAUGUUUCUGAAGUAGCCAGGAACAAAGGAAAAAGAAUUCAAUUCCAGCUCUCUUUUUACUGAAUGUUGGCACUUGAGGAUUAUUGCCAAAUCUUGCAAUGGCUGAAUGUCGUCCUCCAGCAGGAAAUCCUAAGGCAAACUCUUUCAGGCUGGCAUGUCACCACUCCGCCACUCCCAGCAACGGCUGAGGCCUGUACGCCCCAAUGGAGGUGAGCGGCGCCUUCGCAGAGGGAAUCAAAAUCUGCACCGCUGUUAGACUAUGACAUCAUAUCGACCAGUUCAUGAGAGCGGUGACAUUGGGGGCCCCGGCCUGAAAGGUGGCGAUUAUUACUCUCCUGGAUUCUGGGCCCAGAAUGGCUGCUCCAUGCAUGCAGAUGGCUCUGCUUCUUCGCGUCCCAACGCGACGACCCCAGCCAUGCCAAAAAUGGGGGUGCGGGCCAGGAUUGCCGACUGGCCCCCCAAGAGAGAGGGGAUGAAGGAUCCUAGCACUUCUAGAGACCUAGAGACCCCCACCUCUGUGCCACGGGGUUUCCAGAAUGGACAGUUUUCAAGUGGGGUAACAUUCUCUUCGGGGGUCAGAGGCUUCCAGCGCCUGGUCCGGAGGAGGUCCAAGGACACUGAGUUCCAGGAUGGCUGGCCACGGUCUCCUGGGAGGGGUUUUCUGCCACUACGGAACCGAAGCAGUAGCGAGAUCACGCUCAGCGAGUGUGACAUGGAAGAGGCUUUUGAACCACGGGGGGUCAGGCUCUCUAGUGGCUUGCCCCUUUUCCGGGAGUAUGGGAGCACCUCUUCAAUCGAUGUACAAGGCAUCUCAGAGCAGAGCUUUUAUGAAAUGCUGAAUGAGUUUCGCAGUGGGACAUCUGUAGACCAGCCACCACCACCAGACUCCUUCAGAACUUCCCGAAGCACCAAAGCUGAAGCUAGGAACGAUCAGGAUGAGUAUCCCCUUCAUCACAAGGAAAAGUCCCGCAAGAAAGGCUCCAAAGGAGAGGUUAUGGGUAGCGAUUCGAUAUUUAGAAAGUUGCGGAACGUCCGAGGUGAUGGUGAAUCGAGCAAAGCUUUAGUGGACGCCGAGGAAGGGGUCCGACCCUGGCUGUGCCAAAAGAGCUUUGCACACUAUGAUGUCCAGAGCAUGCUUUUUGACCUCAACGAAGUGGUGGGCCGGCGAGCCUAUGUGGCACAACGGAGGAACACUACCACCGGUGCAUCGGCUGCAUCCACUACAGCCUCCCGGUCCUGUGGGUUAACAGGAUUGGAGCCAGCACCUUCCUUCAUCAGCACUGAUGACCUGAACUAUAAGGAGAACUUGGACCAUGACCCUGGGGACAACAAUAGCAACGACCUUCUGCUAAGCUGCCCUCAUUUCCGCAACGAAAUUGGUGGCGAGCAGGACCGCAAAGUCAGUUUCUCUCAGGCCUCAACUGUUUCUCCAAGUGGGGGAAGCUGUGGAGAGGGCAACUUUGCUGAGGUUUCUCCAGCCACCUACUGCACAAAUGCCAGCCUUUCUGUGCUGGAAGUCCCAAAGGAGCUCCAACGCAACAUCAGCAGGCUGAAGCACUACAGCAUUGAGCAUGUGGACUUGGGGGCCUGCUACUAUCAGGACUACUUCUGUGGCAAAGAGCAUUCCAACUACUUUGGGGUAGAUGAGAAGCUGGGUCCUGUGGCUGUGAGCAUCAGGCGAGAAAAGCUAGAGGACCACCGGGAGCAUGGGCCUCAGUACCAGUAUAGGAUUAUAUUCCGCACCAGUGAGCUGAUAACCCUCCGCGGGUCCAUCCUUGAGGAUGCCACGCCUACAGCCACCAAACAUGGCACCAUCCGUGGGCUCCCUCUCAAGGACGCUCUGGAGUACGUGGUUCCUGAAUUGAACAUCCACUGUCUGCGACUGGCCCUGAACGUACCCAAAGUGACAGAGCAGCUACGCAAGCUUGAUGAGCAGGGGCUCUGCCGGAAGCACAAGGUGGGCAUCCUGUAUUGCAAAGCCAACCAGAGCUCGGAGGAAGAGAUGUACAACAAUGAGGAGGCUGGACCUGCUUUCGAGGAGUUCCUGGCAUUGCUGGGAGAGAAGGUGUGCCUGCGAGGAUUCACCAAGUAUGCAGCCCAGUUGGAUACCAAAACUGACUCCACAGGAACCCAUUCCCUUUAUACCACUUACCAAGGCUAUGAAGUCAUGUUCCAUGUGUCUACAAUGCUUCCUUACACCCCCAACAAUAGGCAACAGUUGCUCAGGAAGAGGCACAUUGGGAAUGAUAUCGUCACCAUCAUCUUCCAGGAGCCAGGAGCACAGCCUUUCACCCCCCAGAACAUCCGUUCCCAUUUCCAACACGUCUUCAUCAUUGUCCGGGUCCAGAACCCUUGCACAGAGAAUGUUUGCUACAGUGUGGCAGUGACUCGCUCCAAAGAUGUCCCACCUUUUGGGCCAGCAAUCCCCAGUAGAGCUGUUUUCCGCAAAUCUGACAUCUUCCGGGAUUUCUUACUGGCCAAGAUGAUCAAUGCCGAGAACGCAGCCUAUAAGUCCGAUAAGUUCCACACCAUGGCCACUCGCACACGGCAGGAGUACUUAAAAGACUUGGCUGAGAACUGUGUGACCAGCACUCCCAUCGACUCCACCGGGAAAUUCAACCUGAUCUCGCUAACCUCCAAGAAGAAGGAGAAGACGAAAGCCCGGAUUGGGGCUGAGCAGUAUAGCAUGGGAGCAAUCGCUUGGAGAGUUCUGGCCCAGGACUACAGCCAGGGCAUGGAAAUGGAAGCUGUCUUGGGCAUCUCCAACGAAUUCAUUGUGCUCUUGGACCUGGGUGCCGAGGAAGUGGUAUUCAACUGCUUUUGUGCAGAUGUCAUUGGCUGGACUCCAGAUAAUUACAGCAUCAAGAUUUUUUAUGGACGAGGGGACCAUAUCUUUAUCCAGGCCAUUGAUGGCAACACCGAGAACAUCAAGGAGAUUGUGCAGCGGCUGAAGGUCAUGACUUCUGGCUGUGAGACCAUUGAAAUGACCCUCCGGAGGAAUGGACUGGGGCAGCUGGGCUUCCAUGUGAAGUUUGACGGGACGGUGGCAGAAGUGGAAGACUAUGGCUUUGCCUGGCAGGCGGGGCUGCGGCAGGGCAGCAGGCUUGUGGAGAUCUGCAAGGUGGCCGUGGUCACACUCAGCCAUGACCAGAUGAUUGACUGGCUGCGCACUUCGGUGACAGUGAAGGUUGUCAUAAUUCCUCCUCAUGAUGAUGGCACUCCUCGCAGGGGCUGGGCUGAGUCCUUUAAAAUGAGUACCAUGGAGCCCAAGAUGGAGCCCGAGAGCUUGCCAGUUGGUUACCGACCUCCAUACCGCAGUAACUCCGCCUGGCAGUGGAGUGGGUCUGCCACUCAUGGUUCCUCUCAGUCUUCAAAGUGGGCAGAGCAGCCAGCAUCGGGCCAAUCCCAGUCUCUCACCAGGACCCCCAAACAGAGCACCAUGGCUCCUUACCGAGAGUCACAGCCCCCGCAUGGCAAAAGGCCAGUGAGCUUCCCAGAAACCCCCCAUGCUGCGUCAUCCUCCCAGGGCGAAACAGAGAGGAUGCAGGCAUACCGGCAGCCCUCGAGCAGUUUCUCUGUGCCUGGAUCUUCAGGAGCAGCCUAUGGCCGGUUUAAGCCCUCGCCAGAAAGCUCUAUUCACAGAUACGCAGGCCCCCAGCGGUCCUUGAUGCCGUUUGAUUCACUCUAUGCCCACGAAGUGACUUCCAAUGGAGGGGACUCCUCCUCAUCUGGACUAGCCAGCCAGGAGAGCACCAUGGAAAAGCCCAAGCCUGAACCUCUUUGGCAUGUGCCAGUGCAGUCCAGGAUAUCUGCAACUUCUGGAAGCAAGCGAACAAGUCGACAUGAGAUGGCAGGCAAGGAUUCUCCCAACCGGCAUGCCAAGGGUGAAGGGCAAUAUUCAAGCAGCCACUCCAGCAGCAACACCCUCUCCAGCAAUGCCUCCAGCAGCCACAGCGAUGAGCGCUGGUUUGACACACCAGAUCCUGUUGAAGCUGAUCCAGACCCCCUGGCCAAAGGGGGCUCCAGCGACAGCGGCAUUGACGCCACCAGUGCCAAGUCCUCGCAGAGGGACAAGCUGCCCAAGUCCUCACCCCCCUUUGCAUCCACCCAACACGAGGCCAGCGGCAAGAGGAAGGAGCCCUCCAGUGGACAGGGCUGGGGCUACCGGACCAAGGGCUUCAGCAUAGGGUCUGGCAUGCCUGCCAGAGGGGCUAGCAGCAGCAUUAAUGACCACCUCAAGCAAUCUAGCCACAAUAACAGCAACUCCAGGGCAACCUAUCCUGCUCACAUAUACAAAAGCUCCAUGGUGGAAGCAUCCCGGGCCCCACACAUGUCACAGUCCAGCUCCUUCCAGCUCUCAGCCUCUGUUCCCAAGUCCUUCUUCUCCAAGCAAAACAGCAGAAACAAACACCUGCCAGCUGGGUGGAAGAAGAACAAUGAAGAUACCCCCGCAAGACCGAUCGCCUUCACGGACCCAAAAAAGCAAGUGGACCUGAGCACCAAGAACGUCUUUGGGCAGCCCCGACUGCGAGCCUCCCUGCGUGAUCUUCGCUCCCCUCGCAAGACCUACAAAUCUUCCAUUGAGGAUGACCUGAAGAAGCUGAUCAUCAUGGACAGCAGUGCUGUUGAGCAGCAGGAGAGGGAUUUGUCCCCACAGAAGACGCUCCAGAGAACCCUCUCAGACGAGAGCUUAUGCAGUGGACGCCGUGAUGGCACCUACGCCAGCGCCUACUGCUUUGAGCAACCCCUCGCCAGCGAUGUCCUCUUCACCAGCACCUACCCCUCCAGCACCCUCCCCGUGCGGAAGCAGCAGCAGCAGCAACACCAGUCGCCCAACAAUGGGAACCUCUCUGAGAAGAAGUCUAACAUCUCAGCCUCGGAGCUCUCCCUGAGCGACACACGGGACAAAUCUCUGCGACGCAUUGAUCCCGGACUGAUGCCACUGCCGGACACAGCCACAGGCUUGGAGUGGUCAAGCUUGGUCAGUGCUGCAAAAGCCUACGAAGUCCAGAGAGCGGUUUCCCUCUUCUCCCUCAAUGACGCUGUGCUGAGCCCCGACAUCCCCUCUGCCCACAGCCCCGUCCUCGGGCACCUGAGUCUGGAGAGGCAGCCCACACCACGCACAACACCCACCAUGAGUGAGGAACCUUCAGCAGAUCUGACUGGCAAGGUCUACCAGCUCGAGGCCAUGCUGAAACAGCUCCACACCGACUUGCAGAAGGAAAAACAGGACAAGGUGGUGCUCCAAGCGGAAGUGGCCAACCUCCGGCAAAACAACCAGCGGCUACAGGAGGAGUCGCAGACGGCCAAUGAGCAGCUGCGCAAGUUUGCCGAGAUCUUCUCCAACGCCGUGGAGAAGAAGGAGUUGUGAGCCGGCCGUGGGACAGGGUGGGCUGCUGCAGCUGGUUUAGGAAAAGACGGCAGUGGCAGAUGAGUGUGGACUCUUCCCCGGAACCAAACGUAUUGCUUGCUCUUCCAGGAGAGGCUUUUCUUUCCAUACGGCGGUGGCCUCAAGUGUCUUCUGCCCUCCCCUUAGACAGCUCCUUUCCUGCAUGGACCAUGGCCUCGGGUUUUAUGCCACUCUGUAUUGAGUAACAUGGAUAUUGAGGUUGGAGGGGGAGCAAAACUGGUGUUCAGAGUCAAGCACAGCUUGCCAACAAUGCCUGAACAGCGUUGAGGACAUCCAGGUUUCAGGCUGGCAUCGUGACACUUAAUGUGACCGCACCGCCGGAAGCAGCGGCACAGACCAGGCCAGCCCGUCUGGGCCACGCUUAUCCUUGCAAGUGACCGCCAGGGGGCGCCUUGGCGUUCCAGCAGACUGGAUCGAUUGCCAGAGCACAGCCGAGAGUCAAAAAGAGCACUUUCUCACAACUAAAUUAUUUUCUAGAGAAUGCAAGGUUGGGAGUGGCUCAGGAAGUUUAAAAAUAUAUAAAGUUUAAAUGUAUAUGUUCUUUAUAAAACACUAUAUUUGUAUAAAUGGUACUGUUUGUAAUUUUUUUUUCUAUGAGAUUUCUGUGCAUGCACCUGAAUUCAGCACACCGGAUUUGUCCCCAGCCGCAGCAGAGAUGCAAAACCCAGGCUUGGGGGAGGAGAGACAAGUGCCCUCCUUGAGCUCCCUUGGUGCCAGCAGACAAAUGAGGCCGUAGACUUUGCUGGGUUCUACGGGUUUGCCCCAGGAAAUCCCACUUGCCUGUUCAUUGGCCUUCAAACUUGCUGCUUUUGGGGAAACGGGCAACACCAUUUUCUCUGUGGAGAAUGGGGAGGGCAGCUCUUUCACCCUUCAGGCGUGGUCUCCGAGAGCACCCUUCCUGCCAUUUGUGUUUUCUGUGAGCUCUCCCGGUGCACUUCCUUCUUGCAAUCAAGCCAUGUUUUUCCAUCUCUGCUGGGCAGGGACAGAUAUGCCACCCAACAGGGCAUGCCAGGGGCACUCAUGCGUCCACGUGCAGCCCUUCUGCAAUAAGGCAGCGGCUGCUACUUCCGGUCUGGUCUGUAGUGAAAUUGUGGCUUAUGUUUGUUUGGGUUUGUUUCCUGUCAUGUGUUAAAGCAUGUUGUUGUUUGUAACUGGCAACACGGUCCUGCUUGGGGACGGGAGGAGUGUGUGUGGCAGAUUUAGGGGCCCUGAGACUCAAAGGGGGCAAAAAGGCAGCUUUCAAUCAGUACCAGAUGACAAGUUCCUUCUGUUUUCCAGGUCAGGUGCCCUGAAAAGCUGUAGAUUGAUGGAGGAGGAAGCAGCAGAGACGGGAAACAUAGGAAGGCUAGGAAACUGGGAGUUCAGCUUGACUCACAGCUCCCUUCGUUCCUUGUUUAAUCCAGACUUGAGCAAAACCAGCGUCUGAACUAUGCAAAAACCCAGACUCUGGGACAACUUCCUAGUUAGGGAGGCUGUCUUUCUCCUCUGCCUCCUUCUUGAUCCUUUCUUUGGAUCUCCCAGCCGUGUGAACUGCUGCAAGUUCACAUGAAUAUUGGCAUUGGGAGAGGGGGCUACUUCGCCGUUGCCAGUACGUACUGGCUCAGAUUUGCAGACAGCUGCACCAUAUAUGUCUUAACUCAGAAGGGUGCUGCCUGCUUUCUGUCCCCAUCAUCAGGAAAACCUUCCUUGUCCUUCCCCAAUGGAGUCUUUCUUGCUCAGUGCGUCUCCGUCACAGGAGGCUUCAGCUUUUCACCACUGUCCCGGUAAAAUGGAGUUUUCAGGGUGGGGAAGAAGCCACAGGUCCCGUUCUCAGUGUUAGUCCUAGGCAAGCUGCUCUCCCACACUAGUUCCUUCCUGUGUUUUCCGUUCCACAAAAUCGUCCUCCCACAACAGCCACAAAUGGAACAAGCAGCACCCUAUCCAAAACGGUUUCUUAAUUUUAUAGUGGAGUCUCACACAGAUUUGUAUGGACCUGUCUCCCCUUAUCCCUUGUUUUUAUUUGAAAUUACGUCCCUCCGAGUGUCCUUUUCUGUGACGUAGGAGAAAGGCUUUCCCCUUUUGCCGGCAGGUUCAAGGGGAGCCGUCUCUGGUGUGUUUUGUUUUUGUCUGUCGUGGUGUGUGUGUGAAUUUUAAUUUUAUAAGAAUCUUCGCAGAUCAAAUCUGUCUUAUUUAAUUUUUUUCCCCUUGGUCUUAAAAUAAAUGCUGAUAGGAAAGAACCAGCUUUUGUAAAUUAAAUCCUCUCCUUCCCCAGUGUAAUUCUCUGGAAUCUUCAACAAUAAUUUGGGGUUUGUUUGUUUUUUUGGGGUUUUUUGGCACGCCUCGAAAUGUGGAAGGGACAUUGAAAUAAAUGUUUCAUAGAAAA